GUAGCAGAGUCCUAAAGUGAAAAUAACUUCAAAGCACCAAACAAAUCUUGGAACAUGCUCAAUUUAAGUUAGUGAUGACUCGAGGCCUAUAAAUAGCAGAGACCGUUUGAUUUUCUUGACAAACUGAGAACUUCACGUGCUCUCUCUGUUCUUCUUCGCCUCUCUGUCUCUCUGCUCUGCUUCUCUGUUACUGUCUACCUCUCUCUCUGUUUCUCGUGUGUGCAAAAUCUUAUCCAUUUCACUUUUGUGUCUGUGUCUGUGUCGGUGGGUCGUUCAGAGAGAUAUACAUCUAUUAAUAGAAAGGUAGUUAAUAUAGUUGGUGAAUUGGUUGAGGAAAAAAGGAAAUUGGUAAGUAAGAUGGAGAACACAAAGCAAGUGAGUGGUGGUGGUUCAUAUUCAUCUUCUUCGUCAUUUACUUUGGAUCUCUUUGGUCCCAAAGACCCCUCGUCAUCUUCUUCAUCCUCCACCGACAUUUUUGGCUCUGUUUUUGGUCCACCCUCUACGGGUUUAGGGAAGGAUUCUUCUCACACUGGAUUUAUGGGGUCAAUGAAAAUGCAGGAUUUUGCAAGUCAAUAUGGCAUUGCCAAACAUGGAACUCCAGAUAACAUGAGUCAGAGAGGCAAAGGUGAAGCUUCAGUAGAGCCAUGUUAUUUCAGCUCAUCAAUAUACUAUGGUGGCCAAGAAGUUUACCCACCAACUACCCACACCACUGUUUCUCAGCAUAUUUUCAAGAAAGAUGGGAGAGAUGAUGACCCAAAUGGAAGUAACUUGAAUGGUGCUUCAAGAGGGAAUUGGUGGCAGGGGUCACUCUAUUACUAAGUUUUGCCUUCGUGUCAUGCCAAGUCCCAAUCCACAGAGAAAGGACAAAAGUUGAUCAUUAUUUUUUGUCUAAUGGCUCAAUCAAUUUGAUAAUUUGAAGCACAGUGUGGGCUCUUCAAUGUUUUUUAUGGUUCCUAAAUUCAGUUAACUUGCAGAGGGUUGGUGAUAAACUCUACAACUAUCUUCACUAUGUAUGAGCACUGCAACUGUCUUCACUCUCUAUAAAGCCUAUAACUGCAACGACUCGCAAACUGUUGGGGUUUGUUUUCACUGUUUUUCUUUUCUUUUUUUUGAAAAAAAAAUUGUCUGGGACUCUACUGGACAAUACAGGCCAAGUCUUCUAUAUGAGCCAACAAUCUGAGAAGUUUAGUAUAAUUUUUCAGUACUAGUUGUAGCUAACUUAAGUUAUUUGUAAUGGAACUGCUGUAGUUGUUUUUAGCUUUGGCUUGUGUUGUAUGCAUAGCUCCUUUGAUGGUAUA